CGCGAGCAGGCGGCGGGAGCCGGAAGUGCCCGGGCGGGCGGCGCUGGGCCGGUGGAGGAAUUAAAGCUUGACUCCCAUUGCAGGACAAACAGACCUAUAAUUCUUGGUGCGGUGAGAAAGUGGGUUUGCUGGCCCGAAUUAAAAAAGCAAGUCACUAAGCACGGGCCCUGACUCUUCAUCAGCGACGAGAGAGAUGGAAACCUUGAAUCCAGGGGAUAAAAAGAGGGUCCUUCCCACCUGGAUGACAGCCCAGGUGCCUGAGAAGAGAAUGGUGCCAGGGAAGAGCCCAAAGAGGAGGAGAACGCCAGCAGAGCCGACAGCUGCAGCAAGGCUCCCCACCGCGAAGACGGUGUACUGCAUGAGUGAAGCCGAACUCGUCGAUGUUGCUCUGGGGGUCCUGAUUGAGAGCCGGAAACAGGAAGAGCUGCCCCUGGCAGGCACUGAUAAGCCGGAGCUGUCCCCCGUCUGCUCAGAGGGGCCGAGUUCUCCUGGGGGCAGUGAGGAGGAGGCCUACGGCAAGGGUGCCCUUCCCCCAGGCCUCGGGCCUUCUCCGCCUGAGCCCGCCUGCCCCGGGCCCCCUGAGGAAGACGACGCCUUCAAGUACGUCCGGGAGAUAUUCUUUAGCUAAGGGACAGUUC